GAAAAUCUCCGAAUCUUUCACGAACGAUAAAUUAAUAUUGUAAACAAAAUAUAGAGACGUCGAAUCUUUACUGAGAUAUUCUCUUAGGAGAUAUUCAGCGUCGUUAGUCCAUAAGAAGUUUGAAGUUUUUGUCAAUCAGUAAACAUUGAAAUCAAAGGCUUAAAUCGUUAGUAUAAACUGCGAUCGUAAUCAGUAGACCUGUGCUGUACCUGGAAGUGCUGUUUUAAGAAUCUGCCAUAAGCGACGAAGUGUAGGAUAUCUAAAUUUAAAGGUGCCCAGCUACAGUCAAGUCAUGGAGCAGCGAAAACUAGAAACAAUAAAGCUGGAAGAAAUCGAAAUAAUAGAUAAACUGUUUGAAACAGAAUCAGGACAACCGUUAUCAGACGCCAUUAGCCUCCGAUGUGAGAUUUGUGACGAGGAAUUUCCUUCUAUCGCUCUGCUUAACCAUCAUCGAGCGAAUCAUCCUUACAUAUGUGAUUUGUGUGGAAGAGAAUAUCGUACGUUCGCUAAUAUCCGAUAUCAUAUGAAAUAUCACAGGCAAAAAUCUCACAAAUGUGACGUGUGUGAGGUGACGUUUCCCACAACUAGCCAGCUCAACGCACACAAGAAAAUUCACGUUGGCAAACCUUACAAUAGCCGCUCAGAACCAUACAUAUGUGAUUUGUGUGGAAACAAAUAUCGUAGACUCAGUCAGAUCAGACUACAUAUGAGUUUUCACAUGGAAAAAUCUCACAAAUGUGACGAGUGUAAGAAAGCAUUUUUCACUGUCAGCAAUCUCAAUCAACAUAAGAAAUUUCACUCGAACGAUAAACCAUAUAUUUGUAAUUUGUGUGGAAAGGCAUUCCAUCUGAGCAGUCUGCUAAAAAGGCACACGAUUAUUCACUCGAAAGGGAAACGGUUGAAUUGUAAAGUGUGUGGAAAAGUAUUUGCUGCGUCCUGGAACACGAACAAACUUACUGCGUGUAGCGAACAUGAAUCCCUUCGCCUAAUGAGUAUAGUGUGUGAUGUAUGUGGAAAAGAAUUUUGUACUCUCAGGGAGCUCAAAGUACAUAAAUAUGCUCACGAUGUAAGAUCUCACAAAUGUGAUAUGUGUGAGAAAGCAUUUAGAACAAUUCGCCGACUAAAUGAACAUGAGAAAACUCACUCAAACGAAAGAUCAUAUGUGUGUGGAUCGUGUGGAAAGAGAUUUCGUACGCAAAAUCAGCUUAAAACACACACGCCUAUUCACUCCAAUGAGAAACCUUUCAGGUGUGAAGUGUGUGGAAAAUGCUUUCAUAAACGCUCUCUUCUCAAAUCACACGAGCUUACGCACACAGAACAUACAAAGUACAAAUGUGAUGUGUGUGGUAUGGAAUUUAAAUACUCGAACUCCUGUAAACGCCACUGGACUAUUCACACAAAUGAAAAAUCGUACACAUGUGAAGUUUGCGGUAAAGCAUUUCACUUCAGCAGUGACCUUAAAAAACAUAUGUAUAUUCACACAAAUAUAAAACCACACAAAUGUGAAGUCUGUGGAAAAGCAUUUGGCCCCAAAAAUACCCUCAAUAGACAUAUGCGUGUUCACGCAAAUAAAAAAUCGUACAAAUGUGAAGUGUGUGGAAUAGAAUUUAGUGAAAACAACCUCUUCCAAAGCCACAUGUAUAUUCACACAAACGAAAAACCUCACGAAUGUGAAAUAUGCGGGAAAGAAUUUCAUCUAAAGUCUGUCCUCAAAAAUCAUAUGUACUUGCACACUAAGGAAAAACCGUACUGCUGUGAAGUGUGCGGAAAAGAAUUUCACCUCAAAAGUAACCUCAAUAAUCAUAUGAAUGUUCACACAAACGAAAAACCGUACCAAUGUGAAGUGUGUGGAAAAAGAUUUCGUGAAAAAAGGGUCCUCGUGAAACAUGCUGGUGUUCACACAAACACAAAACCGCAUAAAUGUGAAAUAUGUGGGAAAGAGUUUCGUGAAAAGUACUUCCUCAAAACUCAUAUGUUUGUUCACACGAACGAUGAAACUCACAAGUGUGAGAUAUGCGGAAAAACGUUUCGUGAAAAUUAUUUCCUCAAAAACCAUAUGUAUAUCCACACCAACGAAAAGCCGUACAAAUGUGAAGAGUGUGGAAAAGAAUUUCGACAUCAAAAUUCCGCCAAACGUCACAAAUCACUUCACUCGAAGUAAACUGGCAUAAAAUUGCACAAUAUCGAGUUCUACUAGAUGACGACACGAAUGAACUCAUGAUGAAUAAAGAUCCUGUUUGACAAUUCUCGGUGGUUUGUUUACUUCGUCAGUUGUUUGAGUUCGAGUGCAACGGACGUUCAUUUGUUCCAUUGAAUACUUUACGCUGACGUCACAAAUGAACUGAGUGUUCAUUUUUGACAGUUCGCUUGUACUGUUUACAUGGACUUAGAAAAAUUCUUUACGAUUUUCUUCGAGCGAAUCUAGCUGUCCACAAAUUUUUCUAAGUCCAUGUAAACAGUACAAGCGAACUGUCAAGAAAAGUGAGGUUAACUGUGCAAGUAAAGAACCUAAUUCAAACUCAAGUAAUUCCCAUGCUAACAAACCACCGAGAAUUAUCAAACAAAGUUCAUCCGGCUUAUUUUGUGAAGUUAUGUAGGUUGGUGUAAAACCUAAUAGCUGUAUUGAAGCGAGCCAGUUUUCUAUGGCCAAACUAAUCCAAUCUCAUUGCCAGUUAGCAGUCCGAUUGUGACACACGCAUCCCAUACUUGCUAGGGCUUGUUUGCCGCGCUUUCCGAAAUGAUUUGUACUGGUGGUGUUCCAUUCGACACUUGCAACUCAAACCUGUCGGAGAGUAGCAAACACCAACUCAUACGACGAACCACCCUGUGGAACAGGCGACUAUGCGAAUCACUAUGCCUCAUCUGGCAUCACUUUUUUGCUUGUUCGCAUUAGGUUUUGUUACCGAUCUAAGUUUUAGCUGUUUCGUAACAAUAUAAUUCCAUCCACCAUUAAUUCAAUUACAGUAUCUAAGU